CUUCCUAAAUUUUUCUUGUUGGAUUAUCUUUCUGAUUUCCCGUUGGUCUUCUAUCGAUAAUGGCAACGACAACAAGAAUCUUAUGCUUCGUGCUCGUGAUGGUUCUAAUGGGAUGUUGUUGCUCGGCAAAAAUUUACAAAGUCGGAGACUCGGAGGGAUGGACAGCGAAGGGCGGCACCUAUUACGCUUGGGCUAGUCGUAAGGAAUUCCAGGUGGGGGAUUCUCUGAUCUUUGAAUACGAUGGCAACGUCAACGACGUCACUCGACUUUCCAGUGCUUUGGAAUACCAAUUCUGCAACUCUGCUUCUCCUCAAGCUGUCUACAAAACGGGCCACGAUGUCGUGACUCUCACGGAACCAGGUUAUCACUUCUUCAUCAGCUCAAAUCAUUCUCAAUGCGUAGCCGGACAGAAGCUCUUCGUUUUUGUCGUCCAAUACCAUCAGAUUCCUCCACCACCACCGAGAAAGAUCCUUCCGUUCGCAAAAGAUUUCAAGGUCGGUGACUCCCAAGAAUGGAGGGUUCCUGACGAAAGAGACUUCUAUUCCAAGUGGAGCGAGGAGAAACAGUUUCACGUGGGAGACAAUCUUCUUUUCUACUACAACUACGAAGUCGACGACGUCUUAGAAGUCAGCGGUGAUCUUGAGUUCAAAUCUUGCGACACUUCCUCUCCGGUUGCCGUGCACAAUUCGGGACAAGACCUCGUAAGGCUAACAAAACCAGGAAUCCACUAUUUCAUAACCUCGAAGACUCCUCAUUGUGAGGAUGGGCUUAAGCUUCGAGUGGUGGUAAGACCACUAACCAGAGGUGGUCCGAAGAAGAUGCAGUUGUCACCUUUGGACCACCUCAUCAAGUGGCUGCAGUCCUUCAGACCCCAACUCCAUCACUAA